AUGCGGCUUUUAACUUUCGGGCUCCAAGUGGUCGGCUUCGUGCUGGCCAUCGAGCUGGGCCCCCCAAAACUACUGGAAGAACCGCCGAACGAGGUCUGGUUCCAAGAUAGCCCACCCGACGCCACCUCCGCCACCCCGCUCACCCUCAAAUGUAUUGCAUCGGAAAAUACGGAGACAUUCUACUGGAUGCGAGACGGUGUUCGACUAGAAGUUGGCGACGGCUUGCUGACGACUUCCGACGGGGAUAAGCCAGAUGCUGUCGAAGUCAGAUGGGAGCGACCCGGCCAGAACGGCUCGCUCGUCUUCCCCCGUCCUGUCGCCAGCAUCCAGGGCUUCUACCAAUGCUUCGCCGGCAACAUCUACGGCACCGCCGUCUCCAACAAGGUCCACGUGCGCAUGGGCGUGCUCGAGCAUUUCGCGCGUCGCGGUGUGCGUCGCGUACGCGUCGACGAGGGCGCGCCGUUGACGCUGAACUGCAGCCCGCCGAUCGGCAGGCCGAAGCCGCACGUUUUCUGGUUGUACCGUGACACGAAUCGCGAGGACGUCAUCGAAACGAUUCGCCGGCGCCAUAUCGGCAUCGACGCCGACGGGAGGCUCCACUUUACGGCCGUUCAGGAAGAAGACGGCCGUCGCGGGCUGCUGUACGAGUGUGCGGCGUCAUCUCCCGUUCUCGGUGAUGAGUACCGAGCCGGCGAAAGGAUACAGCUAGAAGUUGUGCCCAGACAGGUCUCCGCCGUCCCAAUCCGUACGCUCUACGUGACCCCAGAUGAGGUGACCGUCCGCACCGGCGGCCGAUUGAAGCUGCAAUGUAUUUUCGGAGGACGACCCCGCCCCGUCGUUUUCUGGGAACGCGAAGAGGGCGAGCUGCCGCGCGAGCGGAUGAAGGACCUGUCGUCGGGGGAAUCGGAUUUUGGGAUGAGCCUCGUGAUCGAUUCCGUGGUUCCGGAAGACGCGGGCACCUAUCUGUGCCGGGCUCAGCAUCUCUUGCACGUCUUCAACGUGCGCGUACAUGCCGCUCCCUACUGGGUAGCCGGCCCCCCAGCGGAUGUGGUGCGGAGUGAAGAGGGUGAAGCCGAAAUUCACUGUCUGGCGGCUGGCAGCCCGACGCCCAACGUAGAAUGGAGCAUUAAUGGUGUUCCCAUAACCCAACUACCCACCGAUGAUCGUCGAGAAUUCCUGGAAGACGGUCGUGUGCUACGGAUUACGGCUCUUCGACACGACGUCGACAUGGGCGUCUACCAGUGCAAUGCUUCGGGUCCGCUGGGAUACGUCUACGCGAACGCUUUUGUUCACGUGAAAGCGCACGCGCCCCGGUUUCUGAUGCCAGCGAAGCGUGACUGGAGCGUUGUGAUGCGUUCCACCGUAGAUCUCGAUUGUCAGGUCGAGGCCGCCCCGGCUGCCGAGGUGCACUGGGUGGACGAGGACGAUCGACCGAUUGUCCCCAUCGAUCCCAGGAUUACUAUCUUUCCAAAUCAUACCCUCCGUAUCCACGACGUGCACAUCACCGACGAGGGCCUCUACUACUGCAACGUGUCCAACAAGUAUGGCCUGGGCCGGGCGCUCAAUCGACUCGACGUCUAUAAACCCACAUAUUUCCUGAAGGUCCCACAACCUCGCGAACUUGUUGUGGAGGCUGAAGAUGACGUGGAGCUGGAGUGCGAGGCGGAGCCGGACGAGCGGUUGACGGUACGCUACGUGUGGACGCUAAACGGGAGGCCGGUGAACGCGUCGAGCAGCUUCUCGUUGAUCGGCCAGCACAAAUUGAGGCUCCGCAAAGCCGCCGGGAGGCAUUCGGGAAUCAUUGAGUGUCUUGUCAUUACGGAUGUCGACUUGAAACGUGCCGCCAUGCAUCUCGUCGUUAGAGAUGUCCCCUCAUCCCCGGAAAUGUCAUCGUGUAGCUGCUCGGAACGCAAGGCCACCUUCCACUGGAGCCCCUCAAAUCCGCACGGCGACCCGGUGCAGCGCUACUCUGUCGAAAUGCACACGGAUUUUAAACCUGAAUACUGGGAGACUGUCUACGAACGUACAGGCGAGGAAAAGCCCGACUACGAUGCGGAAAUUACACUGACGCCUUGGGUGAACUACACAUUCCGCGUGAUCGCCGAGAACAGCUUUGGGCGCAGCGACAAACGACCGGCGGCGCUGGAUGAAGGCGUGUGGGCGCAGGGCGAUCGACCUGACAACUUGGUCAUCCACUGGCAGCCGAUGGACAAAUACGACUGGAACGCCCCGAACCUUCAGUACCUCAUAAGGUACAAGCUGAACACCUCGCAGGCGGUGUGGACCGAAUUCGUGGUGGAGGACCCGCUGGCGAAUCAGACGGCCAUCCGAGAGCAACCGACGUAUCGCCAAUUCUUGGUGCAAGUCCAGGCCGCAAACGCCAAAACGUACCGACCGAGGCCCCAAACUCCUUCACCCUCGGCUCAUUCCACAACUUUUCCGCGG